CGCCGCGGAGCCGCCCCGCCUGGGUUUCACAACCGCGGGCACUGGCCGCGCCACCGGCGGCUCCGCCGAUGUUUUCCUGCCCGGGAGCGGGUGCAUGGCGCGGCCACCGGGGCCGUUGCUCCACGUCGCGCUGCUCCUCAUCGCCGCUGCCGCCGCUGCCGGUCCCGGGCCCUGCGGCCCCGCGGGGCUCUCGUGGGACACGGUGGUGAGACGUCCAGGAGCAAACAUCACGUUGACCUGCCAGGACGAGGGGCCAGCGAACGUCACCGUGUCCUGGCAGGUGGAGGAGCGGGGGGCGGCGGGGGGCCGCAGCCGGCGGCUGGCAGAGGGCAACGCGCUGCUCCUGCGGCAGCUGCGCUACGAGGACUCGGGGCGCUACAGCUGCUACGUGGGGGGCCGCCCGCUGCGCUCCCUGCGGCUACUGGUGGAAGAACCCCCUGAAACUCCUCGGGUCUUCUGCUACCGGCGGAGCCACGACAAAGAUGUCCUGUGCGAGUGGCCGCUACGGGCAAAGCCGUCCCCAGGGACGCAGGCGAUGCUUUGGGUGAAGCGGAGGUUCACAGCUGAGAACGCCACGGAGCAGCGGUGCCGCUACUUCUCCAAGGCACGGAAAUUUGUUUGCCGGGUGAAGGUGCCACCCGGCGCUGACGACACCAAACCCCUCGUGGUGUCCACAUGCGUCAACAACGGCGCCGGCGGCUCAGCCGGCGAGGACAGGAUCAUAACCCUCAGCAGUGUCCUGAAGCCCGACCCCCCCCUCAAUGUGACGGUGGAGGCACUGGAGAAGGCGCCGCAACGGUUGCGGGUCAACUGGUCCUACCCCUCAUCCUGGGACCCCCGCUUCUACUGGCUCCACUUCCAGGUCCGCUACCGCCCUGAGCCUGCCCAGACCUUCACGGAGGUGGACCAGGUGAUGACGACAUGGCUGGACAUUCAUGACGCCUGGCGGGGGAUGCGGCACGUGGUGCAGGUGCGGGCGCGGGAGGAGUUUGGCCACGGUGCAUGGAGCGAGUGGAGCCGGGAGGCGGUGGGCACCCCCUGGACAGAUCCCAGGGACCUCACCUCUGAAAUGGGACCCUUCAGCUCCGAGUUCCCCAUGGACGAUGGCAGCUACGGAGUCACGCUGCCCCCCGAGCUCUUUGGGGAAGAUGCUGCUAAUGGCACUGAUGGGGCUGUCGUAGAAGCCAGCGCCCGCUUGGUGGCAUCUCCCUAUGCCUUCCUGGUGGCCGGGGGGAGCCUGCUCCUGGGCAUUGCCCUCUUCAUUGCCAUCGUGGUGAGGUACAGGCAGACGUGGCGGAUGGGCAGGCGGCCGGGCGCCAAGCCGGAGGGCGAGGGGCAGCACGUGCUGGUGCCCCUGGCCCCCCCCAGCCCCCCGCACAGUGAGACUCCCCUGCUCUUCCCCCCCGCGCCCCUGGCCCCCAGGGCUCUCCACAUCACCAACUUGGACUAUUUCUUCUCAAGGCAGUAGCCGGCGGCUGGAUGUGCUGGCAGGCCCCCGCCGCUCAGACGGGGGGUCCCUGGCCCUGGGAGGGGUCCCGGGGUUGGGAUGUGACCCUGGGAGCUGCCCCCCCACACACACUUCAUCUGGGGGUGCUGAAAGCCCCCGGCCAGGCCCCGUGUCUGGGAGCAGCCUCUGAGGAGGGGGGAUCAGCACCGAGCCAAACCAGGGGGGGCUGCCAAGAUGGGUCCCAGGACACCAGCUCCAGGCCCGCGGCCAAGCUGGGGUGAGCGGGGUGAAGGCGCUGGAAGCACGGCCGCGCCUGAGCGUGGGAGCAGGGCUGGGCUCUGCCCACGGGGAUGGCUUUGGGGGCCCCAGGGGAAGGGCAUAGCUCCCCCCCCACCCAGUACCGUGGGUGUCAAGAGGGGGGCUGGCUGGAUCAGCCCCAUCCCUCUGCCCCAGCCCCUCUGGUGCUUAUUUUUAAAGCACGUGGGGGUGGAAAUGGGGCAAAACGUGUCUCAAAUAAAGGCCUUGGAUUUGUAA